AUGACCCGCUCAUUCAGCAUUGUCGUUGCAGCUGAUCUCGCUAACGGCAUUGGACUUAAAGGAGUACUGCCCUGGCGUCUUCGUAAGGACAUGGCCUUCUUUGCUAAAAUCACCUCCAAGGUCACUGUUCACCAGCAACAGCAAAAUCAGAAUCAGAAUCAAAAUCAGAAUCAGAAUCAGAAUCAAAAUCAGAACCAGAAUCAGAACCAGAAUCAGAAUCAGAAUCAGAAUCAAAAUCAAGACGAUGGCACCCUUACAGUAAAUGCAUGCAUCAUGGGCAGACGUACUUGGGAAUCGAUUCCAACAAAGUUUCGUCCACUCAGUUCACGCCUCAACAUCAUUGUCUCACGCAACCCUCAUUAUCUAGAUGACAAACCUGAAAAAGAUAAUCCACUCGUGGCGCUUGCCCCAUCCCUUGAGGCUGCGUUAGAUCUUGCAGCCUCAUCCACCUUGACCUUAGCCUCAACUUCACCUCCAGCUCAAGCAAAAACAUCUCGGUCAACUGCAUUGACCGCCGCUGGUAUCGCUGCUGGCUCCAUUUUACCUGCUCCAUUAUCCAUUGUUCCCCCAGUAGAACCUUCCUCGGCCGAGGCUGGCUCUACUGCUGCCACUACCAUUACCACAACAUCAAAGGUCAAUGUGCAUCGUAUCUUCCUCAUCGGUGGUGCUCAAUUGUAUGAAGAAGGACUCCGAUCCAUUGAUUGUAGCCAUAUCUUCAUGACCCGUAUUCAAUCCACAGUUGAAUGUGAUACUUUUUUGCCAGACAUCAAAGAAUCAGAGUACAAACUAUUGCCAGGCCCUGAAUCUCAUACUUUUUUGGAAAAGUACCUCCAGGAGCCUGUUGAGGGUGGUAUAAUUGAAGAAGGUGCUUUCAAAUAUGAGUAUACUGUCUAUAAUCGUGUCUGAAAAUGUGACGAUAUAUACAUUACUAAACAAAUAAAGUUCUUAAUCUGCC